GAGCUUCGGGGCAACGAGGUGGGGGGGCGGGGUGCAGGAGCCAGGGCGGCCAGAGGUUUGAAUGGUAAAGAAGCUUGUGGCUGCAGCCGGGGCAGAGGCAGCAGCGUCCCCCACUGCUCCCCACCGCUGCCCAUCCCAGGGACCCGCUUGCGGAGGACAGAAGGCCCUCUCUCUCCCCGGGCUGCUCCCCUCUUUUUUUUUUCCCCAGGGAAAAAAGUGGUCUUGCAAGUGUUGCAGAGGACGGCAGGAGGAGGAGGACGAUCCACCAGCUUAGUGGAAGGGUCUCGCUCGGGAGCCUCGGCCUCCCCCCCACCCCCCAAUUGUCCCGGGCUGCAGGAGGCCAGCUGGGAUUUGAUGCUGGACAGAAUCUCAGAAUCAUGAGUUACUGGAGCCUUGAGAAGAGGAACUGCGUGCAAUAUCGGCGGCAUUUCUUAGUGGAUAACAGUGUGUUUCAUGUUGAAAGAUGCAUGAGUGUAAUGCAGUCUGGGACCCAGAUGAUCAAACUGAAGAGUGGAAGCAAAGGCCUGGUACGGCUCUUUUACCUGGAUGAGCACCGCACGCGGCUGCGAUGGCGGCCCUCCCGGAAAAGCGAGAAGGCAAAAAUAAUUAUCGAUUCGAUUUACAAAGUCACUGAGGGCCGGCAAUCCGAGAUCUUCCACCGACAGGCUGAGGGGAACUUUGACCCAAGCUGCUGUUUCACCAUCUACCAUGGAAACCACAUGGAGUCCCUGGAUCUCAUCACCUCCAACCCCGAGGAGGCGAGGACCUGGAUCACUGGCUUGAAGUACCUGAUGGCUGGAAUCAGUGACGAGGACUCUCUUGCCAAACGAAGGAGAACUCACGACCAAUGGGUGAAACAGACCUUUGAGGAGGCUGACAAGAAUGGGGAUGGCUUACUGAACAUUGAAGAAAUCCACCAACUGAUGCAUAAACUCAAUGUGAACCUGCCUCGGAGAAAAGUCCGGCAGAUGUUUCAGGAAGCCGACACUGAUGAGAAUCAGGGGACUCUGACGUUUGAAGAGUUCUGUGUGUUUUACAAAAUGAUGUCGCUGAGACGGGACCUCUACUUGCUGCUUUUGAACUACAGUGACAAGAAGGACCACUUAACUGUGGAGGAGCUGGCCCAGUUUCUGAAAGUGGAACAAAAGAUGACGAAUGUGACACCAGAAUAUUGUCUUGACAUCAUAAAGAAGUUUGAAGUUUCAGAAGAAAAUAAGGAGAAAAAUGUCCUUGGCAUAGAAGGUUUUACAAACUUCAUGAGGAGUCCUGCCUGUGAUGUCUUUAACCCCUUGCACUCUGAAGUGUUCCAAGACAUGGACCAACCCCUCUGCAACUAUUACAUUGCCUCCUCUCACAACACGUACCUGACUGGUGACCAGCUCCUCUCUCAGUCCAGGGUGGACAUGUAUGCCCGCGUGCUGCAAGAAGGCUGUCGCUGUGUGGAAGUUGACUGUUGGGAUGGUCCAGAUGGAGAGCCAGUGGUCCACCAUGGUUAUACCCUCACUUCAAAGAUCCUCUUCCGAGACGUUGUGGAGACUAUCAAUAAAACGGCCUUUGUGAAGAAUGAGUUCCCAGUGAUUUUAUCCAUUGAGAAUCACUGCAGCAUCCAGCAACAGAAGAAGAUUGCUCGGUACCUAAAGGACAUAUUCAGUGACAAACUGGACUUGUCAUCUAUCGACAUCGGAGAUUCCAAGCAGCUUCCCAGCCCGCAGAGUCUGAAAGGAAAAAUUUUAGUGAAGGGUAAGAAGCUACCCUACCACCUUGGGGAAGAUGCAGAAGAAGGUGAAGUUUCAGAUGAAGAUAGUGCUGAUGAAAUUGAAGACGACUGCAAAUUUAAGCUCCAUUAUAAUAACGGGACAACUGAUCAUCAAGUGGAAUCUUUCAUAAGGAAAAAAUUGGAAUCACUAUUAAAAGAAUCUCAAAUCAGGGACAAGGAAGACUCUGACAGUUUCACUGUUCGAGCUCUGUUGAAGGCUACGCAUGAAGGCUUAAAUGUGCAUCUGAAGCAGAAUCCAGAUGUGAAAGAAAGUGGAAGGAAAUCUCAUGGACGGUCCCUAAUGAGUAAUUUUGGAAAACACAAGAAAACGACAAAGACGAGGUCCAAGUCUAAUAGUACUGAUGACGAUGAGGAAGCACACCAUAAUUCUUCUGGAAAGGAAGGUGGCCAGCUCUACAGGCUCGGCCGCAGAAGGAAAACCAUGAAACUGUGCCGGGAUCUCUCAGAUUUAGUUAUCUACACCAAUUCUGUGGCAGCCCAAGACAUAGUGGAUGAUGGGACAACAGGAAAUGUGUUAUCCUUCAGUGAAACGAGAGCCCAUCAGGUGGUCCAACAAAAGUCAGAGCAGUUCAUGAUUUAUAACCAGAAGCAGCUGACCAGGAUCUACCCGUCUGCCUACAGGAUUGACUCCAGUAACUUCAACCCGCUGCCAUAUUGGAAUGCUGGCUGCCAGCUAGUUGCACUGAACUACCAAUCCGAGGGGCGCAUGAUGCAGCUGAAUCGGGCCAAAUUCAAGAUGAACGGCAACUGUGGCUAUGUCCUCAAACCCCAGCAGAUGUGUAAAGGUACAUUCAACCCUUUCUGUGGCGAUCCACUGCCCGCCAACCCUAAAAAACAGCUCAUUCUGAAAGUGAUUAGCGGCCAGCAGCUCCCAAAACCACCAGACUCCAUGCUAGGAGACCGUGGUGAGAUCAUUGACCCAUUUGUUGAAGUGGAAAUCAUUGGGCUUCCCAUAGAUUGUUGCAAAGAACAAACUCGAGUGGUGGAUGACAAUGGAUUUAACCCUGUUUGGGAAGAGACGCUGACGUUUACCAUACACAUGCCAGACAUAGCUUUGGUUCGGUUUCUUGUUUGGGAUCAUGAUCCCAUUGGAAGAGACUUCGUUGGACAAAGAACGGUGACUUUCAGUAGCCUUGUGCCUGGCUACCGUCAUGUCUAUUUGGAAGGGCUGACAGAAGCAUCCAUAUUUGUUCAUAUAACAAUCAAUGAAAUAUAUGGCAAGAAUAGACAACUGAUAGGCCUGAGGGGCCUGUUCAAUAAGAACCCCAAACACAGUUCUUCAGAAAACAAUUCCCAUUAUGUCCGUAAGCGAUCCAUUGGUGAUCGGAUUCUGCGCCGCACAGCUAGUGCUCCAGCAAAGGGCCGAAAGAAGAGCAAAAUGGGUUUCCAAGAAAUGAUGGAAAUGAAGGACAGUGUGUCUGAGGUAACUGGCUCAAGAGAGAAAGAUGGUGUUCUCCGAAGAACCACAAGAAGUUUACAAGCUCGCCCAGUUUCUAUGCCUGUUGAGAAAAGUCUUCUGGGGGGAUUGUCCCUCCCCACGCUUGAAUCAGCCAAAGAAACUGAAGGCAAAGAAAAUGCACUUGAAAAUAAGGCCAAUACAGAAAGUGGAAAAUCCAAUGCGAAAGAGCAAAGCUCAACAAAUCUUGAUAAAAAGCUUUCUUCACCCUCUGCAACUCUCCACAAAAAUGGUAGCCAGGUGGAUCCUGUUGUCUCUCUUGUUAAUAAUGCAUCACCCUUAGAAGAAGAGUCAGGAGCCCUAAACUAUCGUGGUGGGAAAGCCCAAUUACAUGUGCCCAUUGACCUUCAGAAAAAUCUGUCUCCCAAAAAACUCGUUUCAUCAAGACAACAAAUGGGUAUUAAAACUUCCAGGGACCAAUGCUGUACUAUAAAUGAUAUAGGAACAAGGGAAAAUGGGAAGACUUUUCCUUCAGAAACAAAAAGAACAUUGUUAGGAAAUGCCUCUUCUCAGAGUGAGCUGGAGGUUCUUAACGUUAAGGAAGUCAAUCGAGUGGCAAGCAAUGUUAUGACAUCCUUUUCUUUGACAGAUGUUUCUGCCAUUUGCUCUGAUGGGCAUGACUUACAUUCCACUGCAAUUAUGCAGGACUGUGAAAUUUCACAACUUAUUGACAAUGUCACAUUAACAAAUGAGAGUGAACUUGGCAGUUCAAUCUCAGCACUGAUCAGCCAGUUUGAUGCUACCAAGGAUCACACAAACCUCAGAGCUGUUUCAAGACUUCAAGGUACCAGUGGUCAGACUUACAGUGUAAUGUCAAGACAUCCCUCCUUGCUCACUACUGACCUAAAAAUACCCCUCAAAAAUAACUUUUCUAAGUCAAAGCCUCUGUGGUCAUCUCAGUAUUCAUCACCCGAGACAACUGUCCGCUCUAGCCCUGAGACAACGGAGUAUUCCACUUACACCAUCAUUCAUGAGGCAGCUCUCACUCCAGUCACUGGGCCCAAGUUCAUGGAUGAAGGUAAUGGCAAGACCAAGUUCCAUGCCUCAGAAAGUGGCAUUGCUCGUCCAUCUCCGUUAACUAAAAGUCCCCAGAAGAAUUGUGGAAGGGGUUGGGAAAAUGGUGCCAUUUGUGGUAUCUCCACUUCUAAUGAUUUGACAAUAGAUGAUAUAAUUGAUCACACCCUUUGUCAAAAUUCUGGAGAGAGCAGUCUAGUAGAAGUUAAUGAAGAUUCACAAGAUCUCUUGGUAACAACCCAUGAAUAUAAGAGAGAGGAUAUGAGUCAACUUGCUUCCCCUUUGAAACUAAAGCACUGUUGGGAGAUGGAUUCACCCUGUCCAAGAAGCUCUGGAAAUGGCUUCCUACAUCCCUCUACCCUCAAACUUUCCAACCACAUUCAAAUGCUAAAAAACCGAAGCAUUUCUUGUCCGGCUUAUCAGAGUGCUGGCUUUGUAUGUAAUAAUUAUUUCCAAUGUUCAAAUCCCCCAAACAAUGCAGCAUGUCUACCCCUGGGGCCUAAUCCUCAAGGUCUGCAGCAACCUGCACAUCCUUCUUUACAAGCUCGGAAACAGCCUAGCCCUUGCAAAUCCAAAAGCCUGGGAGAUCUGACGUCGGAUGAUAUCUCUUGCAAUUUUGAGAGCAAAUACCAGUGCAUAAGUAAAAGCUUCAUUACAGCCGGACUACGAGAAAAGAAGGGCAUGACCUUCAAAGCAAAAGGGGUGGAGUCUGUGGAUGCUCUGACUGAACAGCUCCGGAAACUCGUGUCCUUUGACCAGGAGGACAGCAGCCAAGUGCUGGGCCCAAGGCCGGACGAGAGGGAAUGCCCCAAGGCGUUGGUCCGAAAGCUGUCCUCCCGAAGCCAGAGCCGUGUUCGCAACAUUGCCAGCCGUGCCAAGGAAAGACAAGAAGCCGGCAAGCAGAGGGCUCUGCCCUCCAGCAGUGUUGGAGGAGUGGUCCUGAGAAACAAGCCCACUGCCUCUGCCCAGGUGGUGAACAGGCAUUCCACUGGAUCCUACAUCGCAGGGUAUCUGAAUGACCUUGAAGGCCGUGGUAUUCCCGAGGGGGCAUGCACUUCUCUUUUCAGUGGCUACGUAGACCCGUUUUGUAUGGAUGACUCAGUCCUCCAGACUGAGCCAAGUGUAGAGGACAAACCAGAAAUUUAUUUCCUCUUGAGACUAUAAAUGGUGUAGACCUGUCUUUUCAGUGUGAACAAGGUAUCCCGUAGAGCUCCAGAUAUUGCUUGUUUUUGUUGUGCUAUCCUUGGCUCCAGCAUGAUUGAGAAGAGGAUUUUUUGAGUUCCAGUACAGGUCUCCUUUGAUUGAAGAUGGUCCUCCUGUGGACAAUUAUGUAAAUAGAUGCUGUGUUAUUUUCCCAAGGUUGCCUGAGUCUUUUUUCAAUGUUGUAAAAAUGUAUCAGUCUUGGAAUAGAUGCAUGCCUGCCAUCAAUGUGAAAGUUCCACAUGGGCCAGAUUCAUAACCCAUGUGCAUUUGUAACUAAAUGUUUCUCCCUCUGUGCACGCCUUCAGAAUCGAGCAACCAAUGUAAUUCCUUGUCUGCUUCCUCGACCCCAAACUGUGGAGGUGUUCAGGCAAAAGUCUGAAAAAAAAAUCUACUGUCUUUCUUUAAAAUUUUUUUUCAGCUCUCCUAAUUUUAUUUUACUUUUCACGUUUGUUGAGGAGGACAGAUACCUCUUUUGAUUUCUAUGAAUGUUGUAAUUUAGCAUCUGAGGUAAAGGAGGAAAGCCAACUAUCUUACCUUGGUUAGAUUUUCACUUACCCUGAUUCAGGGUGGGAGAGUUCCCACAAACUAGUGACUGGUUUUUGUGUUUUCUUUUGUUUUUCUUUUUCCAUCUGUUUUGGAGUAGGAAUGAGGAGGGGGGAAGGGAAAGAGAAUGAAGAUAUUCUGUACAUAAGGAUAGGAAAAUAUUUGUUUUGCAUAAAUUUUGUUACAUAUUUUUGCUACAGGCUUUGUAUGUGACGAACUCAAUCACAAAGACAUUUGCUGUACUUUGUAAUUUUCAGACUAAUUGGUUGAUUGGAAGUACUAACUUUACAGGGAAAGGGGGGGCUUGAAUUAUACUGUAAGAGAAAUAAUAAUAAUAAUAAUAAAAGAUAGCAUAACAAUUCCCAACAUGUCAAAAAAGAUUUUCUCAAUAAUAUUGAAGGCCAAAUGAACUGGUCAUUAGAAAUGGCUUCCCGUUAUGGAUCUAUAACUUGGCUAUAUUUUUUAAUACCAAUAUGCUUUGCUUUCACUGUGAACACAUUUCUGAUUGUAUGUUCAAGAUACCUCUUUUUUUUUUGGUAACAUGAAAUACAAUGAUAUUCAUGGAAUUCAUGAAAACGUAAUUAAAAGAGAUUUUUAAGCACUUGUAUGAAUUUGUUGAAAUGGAAACAAAUAUAAUUCUUGUUGAACUGUA